AUGGACGGUAACCGCGACCAUAUCAAUCCCGCUCAUGAGCAGAGCAGGAAGAUCAAGGGCGUGGUCACUCAGUGGAAUCCUCGCAUCUCCAUUGUUAUGGACGAGUACACAGCCUCGACUGUCUUUGGCGAGAGGUACAAGCACGGUGCCGACUCCCUGAUCUCCGGUGGUAUUAAUUCCAAUACUCACCUCGACAUCAUGGGCCAAGUCCUGAAUAAGUUCAUCCCUGCCAUGGGCGACGCCCUACAGGAUGCUGUCACCGAGGCCCGCGCUGAUCGCAAUGCAAUCGGUCUGCCGCAGACUAUUUCAUUUCUGAUGGAGGUGCGUGGCAUCCGCCUAGCGGACCAGCACUUCCACAGCCGCGUUGGUACUAACCUAGUCAAGAUUCAAACUAUCCUUGAGACCGCCAGCGACGACUUUGACAGUGUGCUCUCCACGGUCGAGGAUGCCCUUCAAGAAUUUAUUGACAGCGACGAGGACAUAAUCUUCACGGACUCGUCCGUCCGCGAGACAGGUAAUUUCACACUGAUCGACAUCAACAAUGGCAGUGUCGUCCAUCCUGAGAUUGAAUUCAUCCGUACAACCCCCUCCGAGGCAAACCUCACCCGUACCCGGGCCGAGGUCUACACUAUCCCUCUUCCCUGUUUUGACGAUGCCAACAAGCUUGAGAACCUCGGUCUUGAGGUGGAAAAGCCGGAGCACGGGUUCAACGGAACUGUCGAGACACUGAUCAUCGAGACUUCCCAAGUGACUCCGUCGCAGUGCGAAGGCACCUAUCUCAAUACGGUGACUACCACUGCUCGCGAAAGGAACAUCAUGCUGCCUCCAGGCAGUUUCCGGGUCAGCGCCAAGCAGAAAAAUGCGGCUAUGGCAUUUAUUGCGCUGGAACUGGAGAACAUUGACAGCUAUAUGACAUUCAACAUUACACAGGUCGAUGAGGGCGAGGAAUAUCCUGUGUUUAGGGUGUGCAGGGAGCAGUCCUAA